AUGUUCCGGCGUAGCGGAAGUGGCUUCCGCCAGAAGUGGACCAGCCUCACGUUGAAGGGUGCUUUAUACGGAUCAUGGAUCCUGGGCGUGUUUCCCUUCACCUACGAUAGCUGGACAAGGACAUUGCGUCGUUCCAAGUGGUUAAUUGUGUAUGGCUGUGUCCUGAAUGCGGCAUUCAUUCUGCUGGUCGUUACCAAUGACACUGAGACCGAAAUUCCGCUUCGUAUGGAGGUGUUUCACAGGAACGCACUGGCCGAGCAGAUCAAUGGCAUUCACGACAUUCAGAGCCUUUCAAUGGUGUCAAUAAUGCUGCUGCGAAGUUUCUGGAGGAGCGACGAUAUCGAGAGGACCCUCAACGAACUACAGGACCUGCAGCACCGCUACUUUCGUUACUAUUCUUUGGAGGAGUGCACCCGCUUCGAUAGGUUCGUCCUGUACAAAGGCUUAUCUGUGGUCCUGGAAAUUGCAUCCAUGCUGGCCUUGGAACUGGGCAUGUCACCGAAUUUCAGUGCGCAGUUCUUCAUUGGACUCGGCAGUUUGUGUUUAAUGAUCUCGGCAGUUCUCCUGGGAGCCUCACACUUUCACCUGGCCGUCGUCUUUGUCUACCGAUAUGUGUGGAUUGUAAAUAGGGAGCUCCUCAAGCUAGUUAACAAACUGGCGAAUGGGGAAACCGUUGAGUCUGAGAAGGUGGACUUUUUGCUCAAACUGUACCAUCGCCUAUUGGAUCUUAGCCAUCGUCUGGCAUCCAUCUAUGAUUAUCAAAUGGUCAUGGUGAUGGCCAGCUUUCUGAUCGCCAAUGUUCUGGGCAUCUACUUCUUCAUAAUCUACUCCAUUAGUCUAAACAAAAACAUGGACAUUCAAAUUGUGAUCUUUGUUCAAGCCCUGGCCAUCAACAUGUUGGAUUUUUGGCUAAACAUUGAGAUUUGUGAGUUGGCGGAAAGAAGUGGUAGACAAACUUCCACCAUCCUGAAGUUGUUCAAUGAUAUUGAAUGCUUAGAUCAGAAACUGGAGAGAAGUAUCACGGACUUUGCAUUAUUCUGCAGCCAUCGCCGGCUGAGAUUCCAUCAUUGCGGCUUGUUUUACGUGAACUGCGAGAUGGGUUUUCGCAUGGCCAUCACCAGCUUUCUGUACCUGCUGUUCCUCAUCCAGUUCGAUUUUUGGAACCUGUGAAGAUAGUCCAUUAAAUGCGCCCCUGGAAGAGUCCUCUAAUUGGUUCGCACUUCCUUGUGUCGUCUGGAGUUGAGGGUCCUUGAAAGGGGAGCACGCGGGACUAACAAGUGACAGCUCAAGAAGUCGGGGGAUUUUCAAAAGGGAGGCAGAACAAGUGGAAUAUGUACCUGAGCUUACACGGAGUCGUGCCUAAGUGAAAGCCCUUUUGACUUUUAAGCCGAGAGAACGGGAACACGGCCGCAGGACAUCAGCAGGAAAAACGAAGCAAUGAAAGGAGAUUUAUUUCCCUUCCUCCUCCAAAAAAGGAGGCCAUUCUAAAGCCAAAAGGAGAAUAUGCACAAGUCGAAAGGAUUCGGGGAAAUGGAGUGGCUGUGAAAAGCAGCGCAAUUAAGACCAACAAAUGAACGGGUUUUCAGCUCUCUGUACAUUUUUUUCGACUGGCUAAGAAUGCAGCUGGAUUUUCCGGCGAACAAUGGCUGCGGAGAAAACAGAGAAAAGCUGAAAGCAGUAGCUUUGGCGCAUUUUCUUUGUUCGACUCUUGUGCGAUGCAUAGUGUGUGCUCUGCUAAUUUCCCUGACUGCGAUUUUCCAGCUGUUUCCACACUUCC